UUUUCGCUUCAUUACGAGAGACUGUCUUGUUUUACAUGAGUUAUAGUCUUAUCCCAGAGACCUGAGGUUAGUAAAGAGUUAUUGGCUCGAGAACCGGUCGAAACGAUUCUGUCCGUUUAAUGAACUAAUCAUUGAGAUUGAUUUUUAAACCGGUUCAACAGAUUAAAAGAUCCGACUCAGAAGAACGAUUCUUUCACGAAUGGACUAAACCUUCACCAUAGUAGGAUAUGUUUCCUUUCUUUAAGGAGUAGGGAUUAUUUCGUUGCUCAUUCGGGAAGUUUUUUUUUUUUUUUUUGUAAUUCCGUUAGAAUGGAGGUCGACUCCGAGUCCGGCAUCGACAGCAGCGGUACUGACAGAACCAGUAAAAGCUCGAAUAUAGAGAGUUUAGGCUUGUCACACUCCAAGUUGGCUUAUGAUGGGAACUUUAUUCGUUCUGCGUGUGGCAUGUUUAUGGCUGGAGAAAUCGUGUUUGGGCUUCUGGUGUGGACUUUGAUUGGUGGGACGGAGUACCUCCAUGUUCCUGCACUGGGGUGGGUAAUGUUUGUGUCAGUCUUUUGCUGGGUGCUUACUGUCAUUCUCUUCCUCUUAUACCUGACCAUGGCCCACACCAGGAUUCCCCAGAUCCCAUGGAAAAUUCUGGGAAUAUGUUUUAAUGGCAGCGCCUCUGUAUUGUACCUGACAGCAGCUGUGAUUAGUGCUGUAUCUUUGAAUGUGGCCAUUAGGGGGCGCUACUACUUCAUCAGCUGGGUUGCAUCAACGAUAUUUGCCUCACUGGCUGUGGUGUGUUAUGCAGGAAAUACAGUUGUGAAUUACAAAUCCUGGAGAACAAAAUGUGAAGAUACAUAAGCAGAAACAGAUUUUUUUUUUUUUUUUUUUUUAAUUAUUCCUGAGGUAUUAUUUAUGCGAAUUUAAAGAACCACAUAACAAGACAAUUUUGCUGUGGUUAUAUAUAUAUAGCAUUGUUCUUAUAAGUAAAACUUUAAAUGUUAUGAGGUCUGGCUAUUAUGACACUAAAUUACUCCAAUGAGUUAGUUCUUUUUAGUGAAUUAGUCACAGCUAAUCAGUGUAAUAGUUACUGAUUGGUUAUUCAUAUGACAGUGUGUAGUUAAAGAUGUCUUUUUUUCUGUUUGUUUAGCAUUGCUGUUUAAUAUUAAGGCCAAUUAUUGGAUUGCAUUUAUGUUGCUUCUAAAAAGACUGAAGUAAAGUCCCUUUAAGACAAGUCAUUUCAUUUCACUCGGCAGCAGCUCCUAUCUCUCUGAAUGGGGAAACAUCAAAUUCUGCAAAGCUGUUUGCCAAGCUUUUGAUUAAAUUUCGCCUGACUGUUUCUGUUCGGUUGUUGAGUCUGACGUCACGCGGCAGCGCUUCCGGGUCCAAGCGGUCUAUCUCCUACCACAAGAAAACAACAAACGGUGCUAAUAUACACACACAAUGUGGUGUAAUACUACCAAAAAAAUUGUAAUCAUCAUAACCUUUAUCUCCAUACCAAAGUCCCAGAUGGCCAGACAGUGAUUCAUCUUUUAUAAAUUGUUAAAAUAUUAAUGUUUGUGACGCUGUGAGCACGGAGACUGUUGUGUAGACUGUAAGUAUUUUAAAUGUUUAACUUUUUAAAAUGUUAAAUGUUUAAUAUGAAUAAAUAGCGUCCAUAAACGGCCAUCAAGAUGGCAUUUUCAAGUGAAACGAGUCGAGGCUUGGACCCAGAAACGGCGUUGCUUACGUCACGACUUAACAAGUUGAUAGGAAUCGGAGCUUCUAAUGGCCGCUGCAGUGACACGAUGACUUUACUAAUCAGCGAUUGGCUCUUAUUUAGAAGGCGGGCCUUAUUCCACCAUAUUGCACGUUGCAAUUUCUCCCAUUCAAAACAAUAUGAGUGAUGAGUCUUGUGUUAUUCUAUAGUCUUUGACUGAAGUCACUAAAAAGACACCUUUUGCAAGAACUGCUUUGGCAAUGGAAUUGUUAAAAAAUAAAUAUAUUUAUUUAAUAUUCCUCCA